AUGGCAACUGCCUCUCCAUAUCUACUUGACAGCAUCCUGGCCUUGGCUGCGCUGCACCUUGCUUCCCUGGAUCCAGAAAAUCGAGACUACUGGUUAGAUGCGGCCAGUAGAUAUCAAAGCCAGUCCUGUUCGGGCCUAAGCCGAACUCUUCCUGAGAUCACCGAGCGGCACUACGAGCCCGCGUUUGUGGCUUCGGUGUUCAUUCUCAUCUUCGCCACCGGCUUCCCGGUGAUAUCCCUCGACGGGGUUCCUGAAGACCCUGUCUCUCGGGUGACAGAAGUGCGGUUGCUGUUAUCAGGGACCUCUAUGCUUUUUCAUCGGAUGAAUGAAAUAGGUGCCGAAGGUGAGCUGGAUGGGUGGCUAGUAAUUGGCCACACCGAAGUACCAUUGAAUGAUCGCCACGGGAAUCAAAACUCACCCAGUCACAGUAAUCUCGUACAUUCUCUUCGACAGAUCGAACCUCUCAUAAUCAACAACGAAUCACCCAACAGAGUGACCUACCAAGCCAGUUGGCAAUCCACCAUCCAGGCCAUUGAACCAUGGCCUAAGAGGGGCCCUCGUGGGGGAAUCAUGGCCUGGCCCCUGUCUGUCACCGAGCAGUACAUUUCGUUGUUGCAGCAAGGUGAUUGGAUGGCCCGGAUUUUGUUUCUCCAUUAUGCCGUGGGGAUGCAUCUGAUGUCGAAACGUUGGUAUGUCCGGGACUGGGGCCGGAGGCUUGUUUUGGGCAUUUUAGAGCACGUGGACGAAGUUCCGCUCACGUGGCGCGAUACUAUUACGUGGAUGAAGCACGGCGUUGAUAUUUCGGAUGGACGGUUAUGA